ACGGGUAUCUUAUUGAUUGUGAGUCAAAAGCUGGCGAUACAUGUAGAUAUGAAUGCAACAGUCCUCUGGAAACCAAUCCCUCUAUUCCAAAUAUCACUUGCGGCACAAAUGGUGAUUGGAGUAACGAUACAAACGAUUUAUGUGUGUUAUUAUGUCCAUCAACAAUCCCAAACGGAGAGCUUGCACAAAGUUGUCAGAGAAGAGUUGGAAACAGCUGCACAUUUACCUGUAGCGGUGGUCACAGACCCUCCACUUCUCGAAACAUUGUUUGUACCUCAGACGGUACUUGGAGCGAAAACAUCGAUUUAUUAUGCAAAAAAAUAUCAUGUCCAUUGAAAAUAAAGAAUGGACAUAUAUCAUCUCUGUGUCAAGACGUACUGGAGAACACUGCGAUGUAACAUGUCACAAGGGAUUCACCGCAAGCUUUUCAGAGAUAAUUUGUACAUUAUCGGGAGCAUGGGACAGGAAUAGUGAUGAUAUUUGUGCAGAAAGUUAUGAAGAGAAGAACCUUGCAAGUAUUGGAAUUGGGUUAUCAACUUCAGUGGUUGUUAUUGCCAUUACGAUUGUAGCUAUUGUUUGUAUCGUCAGACGAAGGAAACCACCUGGAAAUGAAUGCGAAGAACCACGUGUAGAAAAUCCUCAUUCAACAUUCAUAAACGGAGGGUAUUUAACUGGAGUGGAGAGCUAUAGUACAUCCCAGGAGACGCCGACUUCUUGCAUGUACAACAGUAUAGAUGAUUCGCACUUCACACAAUACGACGAAGGAGUCAUAGACACACACUUAUAACCUACUUUUAAAUAACAGCACAACUGUCUGGAAAAAUAUCGGGACAACUCCCCUCUGUUACAAAUAGUGAUCAUGAAUGCUUUUUUUUUUUUUUUUACCUUCUUCGAUAUUCCUCCACCUGUAUGAUAAAUGAACAAUCAGAUUUCCAUUCACCUAAUGAUUUUCAAAGGACCGUAUACAGUUACAGAUAAGCUGUCACCUCACCCACCAUCAACUUUUAAGAACAAUUGUGGGGUUUUACAACGAAUCCUUGAUACCAUUGUAAGACAACCGACUGGGUUUUUUUAACUGUAAAUAGGCAUAUUUUUAUUUUGAAUUCGAUUAGAAAGUGUUAUAUGUCGGAGUGUUUCGCUUCCCCGCUGAGAGCUUUAUCGCCUUUUCAUGUGCAUAGUGUUCGUCAGUGCGAUGUGUCCGUAAGUUAUGAGGCAAUGUCUUGGGGCCUAUAUAACAUAUCUGUAGGUCCUACGGAGUUGAUGUGCUGACACUUCUGGACUUACGUUAUUCGUCCCCACAUUGUGUAUGAAUAUAGUCUGUUCAUAAUGUAUCACCAUUAACACUUGUUAUAACAUGUUGAUGAAUUCAGAGUUGCAACAUUCUGUGCAGUUUCCUUAUUUACAUUAAUGUCAAGUCUGACGAGAUUUUGAGAUCUGCCCCUUAGUUCAAUUUGAUAUGCUUAAGAUAUUGCGUUGCACCACUAUGCUUACUAGACGUUUGAAUUAAUUGAAAUCAUUUUCAUUAUAUUAACUUUCUGUCACGAAUCACCACGCUAAAAAGAUAUUAAUUUCACAACCACCUUGUUGCAAGCAUACUAUAUAUUUGAUGAAACCCCGCACAAGCGCGGGAAAUCACAAGUAGAUGAUAUUGAAUAGAGAAAGGACUUUUUUUAAUGCGUGUUUGAAUUGUUGUGCACAUGAAUUGAAUGAAAAUCUAUAAUUCAAAAGAAUUUUACAUUUUGUUUU